CCCUCCUGGAUUACGGAAGAAUGGUACAGUCCUGCAGGAUUUUGGAUGCUGCUAGAACGUACGUAGAGCAUCAUUGCUGCUUAUCCAGAGCUGAGCUGAGUGUCCAGAGCCGGAGAGAACGCAAAGUGCAGCAUUAUGACCCAAGGAAAGGUUUCUGUGAAUAACAAGCCCCCGGAGAGUGGAGGAGGUAAUGCAGAAAUGCAGUCAGUUACCAUGGCUCCUCAAGCCCCUCCUUCCUAUGAGGAAGCCACAUCAGAUGAGAAGAAGGCUGGUUUUCUUAAAACACCUCCAACUAUGACCCAAUAUCCCAACUGGACACAGGAGGACAUAGGCAGCAGCCCUGGCUACGGCAGUGCAGCCUAUACAGGAGACACCGAGAUGCUGACCUCAAUGAGCUGGGAGGAUGACAGAGUGCGACGGUCUUUUGUUAGGAAGGUGUAUUCAAUCCUUUCCUUACAGCUGCUGGUUACUGUGGCUUUUGUGGCUAUUUUUACCUUCAGUGACCCAGUUAAGGAUUAUGUUCAAGCAAACCCUGGUUGGUACUGGGCUUCCUAUGCUGUUUUCUUCACAACAUAUCUGGUUCUUGCCUGCUGCAGUGGACCAAGGAGGUACUUCCCAUGGAACCUGAUUCUCCUCAGUGUCUUCACUCUUUCCAUGUCAUACGUUACAGGGAUGUUAUCCAGCUAUUAUAACACCACGUCUGUGAUCCUUUGUCUCGGAAUUACUGCUCUUGUCUGCAUUGCCGUGACUUUAUUCAGCUUCCAAACUAAGGUUGAUUUCACUUCUUGUCAUGGUAUCCUUUUUACGCUUCUCAUGGUGCUUCUAUUCAGUGGACUUUUCCUUGUCAUCUUACUUCCAUUCCACUAUAUACCAUGGCUUCAUGCGAUCUACGCUAUUCUUGGGGCAAUAGUGUUUACCCUGUUUUUAGCAUUUGAUACUCAGAUGUUGAUGGGAAAUCGACGCUACACGCUGAGUCCUGAGGAGUAUAUUUUUGGAGCCCUCAACAUCUACUUGGACAUCAUCUACAUCUUUUCAUUCUUCCUCCAGUUGUUCGGCACAACUCAUGACUGAAGACUGUAAUACUGUAAAUAAAUAACCAUCUUCCAGGUGCCUGCUAAGUUUCAUUCAUUCAUAUUGCCUAGAUUAACAAUAUGGCAGCACACACUGAGAUCUCUUUCCACUCUAACAUACACACACAUAAUUGUAAUCUAAAUGAAUUAUCAGUCAGGCACAUACUAUGAAUAAAUAAAUGUUCUGUGUGAUCUAGAGACUCAGUAAUAUGCAAAGUAAUGAAAUUCAUUGGAGAGGAACAAUGUAUAUAUUACUUCGGAUUGGGUGUGGAGAGAUGUAGUCCUUGUUGGGUUGUUGUAUGAUGCACAGUAAAUUCCCAGUCCUAUCAAUUACAAAUAGGUUGUGCACGAAACUUGCCUGGUGUCAUAUGGUUGCCUUGGUAACUGUUCCGCCGAGAGUGGAAUGUGUCUCUCCAUGGAACAUCUAGGAGUACACUCUAAAUGAAUAGACCUUGGGCUGCAAUAUAAAUACAGUGCACGGACAAGAGUCUAAUUUGGUGGUAAUCAGCCUCGUCUUCCUCAUACAACCAUUAAACUGCUCUUGGUCUUUUUUAGAUUGUUAUUUAGUCAGUCAUGUAUUUCUUGUCAUCACCACUGACUAUCACACCAGCACGAUAAUGUGAAAUUAGUAAUGUGCAUGAUGUCUAUUUUUGUAUCCCAUCUUAGUUGUAGUUACAGUGAAUUACUAGCUGACAUGCAGAUUGAUACAAUAAAGACUUAUAUUCUUCUGA